AUGCAAUCACCGCGCCUGUUUUCUUCCUGCCGUAUUAAUUAUCUGCCAACUGCAGUGGAAUAUGCCAGAAUCAAGGCAGAUCCGGAAAAAUAUGAACAGUAUCUCCUCAGAGAAGCGACCCGGCAACGCAAUAGAUAUUGGCAGAAUCCAGAGUUUCGCAGAAGGACUAAAGAGAAGAGUCGGCUGCGAAAGGUCGGAUAUCGAAACACACGGGAGCCAUACGCUAGGAGGACGGUUCUUUAUAACUGGGUGUUUCGCUACACCUGGUUUCGCGAUCUCCCUUGGAAAUCACAUCGACCUCUCCUGUAUAAUCAAGGGAUAAAACAUACGUGUUCAAGCUGUGGAAUGUCACGCAACAACGGCUCGAAGUUAUGGUGGACCGAUCCAGGAACAUUCACCUGUCACACUUGUUAUACCAAAGCGAGCUGGGACGAGGUAAUGCCUGAAGGCUAUGGCGACUGCAGGACGAUAGCGGAUGUAAUUGCCCGAAGAGCACAACUCGGUGGAUCACCCCCGUGA